AUGGGACUGGAUGGUUGUGAAGGUCAAGCUUUGAAUGGUUUCCCAUCGAAUAAUGAAUGUGAACAUGCCAUUUGCAUCGAUUGCUUAGAUAAAAUGCUUGCUGAAUGUGAAACUAAUGGUUCACCGCCGAUAUGUCCCAAUAUUUUAUGUCAUCAAUCGUAUGCGAUUGAUUCGAUCAUUGCGCUUAAGGCAUUUUUCCCUCAACGAGCCAAAUACUUUGAACAUUUUGCGCUUGAAAAUCAAAGCUAUUUUCUUAUUAAAGAUGAUUCAAUUUCGAAAUCCGAAAUAUCGCCAGAUUUUACGGUUAGUUCUCGACGAAUGGAAGUGAAAUGUGAACUACAAGGUCCAGAUGAAAGUAAUCAAACAACGGUUAUUUUUGAUCAAAAGGGUAAUGUUGCGGAUUUCAUACGUGAAAUGCGUCGAGCGUUGAAACUUUUACCGCUUGACAAAGUUUAUGGAUAUUAUAUUCGGCGUGAGGAUGAUAAAAGUAUGGAGAAAAGUGAUGAUCAGAAACCGGAAGAAUUAGUGGUAGAUGCAAAAUCGGUGAAUCGUUCAAUUAGCGAAUUAAAUUUAACAUCUGAUAGCAUAGUGAUCAUUGAUACAAGCGGUAUUGUCCAAAUGAAAAAAAUAUAA